AUGAAAAUUAAGAAAGAACUAAAGUCAAGUGAAGAUAAAGUCCAAAUAAAAAAAGAAGAAAAAUUUAAAAAACCAAUAAACAAAAAAAGCAACCUUAAUAAUAAUAUAAAACAACAUGCUCUGAAGAAAACAGAAAAGGAUAUCAAGAAGAAGAAAAAGAAGAAGAAAAAAAAGAAAAAGAUAAAAAAAAUAAAAAAUAAAGAAGAAAAAAAAAAUAAUAUAAACAACAUCAACAAAAUAAAACAAAUAAAUAUAAAUGAAAGUACCAAUAAAAAAUCUAUAGAAAAUAAGAAUGAUAAACAAUUUAAUGAUGAAGAUCUAGUUGUAGAUUUUGAACUUAUUGAUCCAGAUGAAAUAUAUAAAGAAAAUAUAUAUAUAUUAUUAAAAGGUUGUGAAUUAUUUUAUAAUAUUACUUGUUUUGAUAAUUUAUUAAAUAUUAUUUGUGAACAACAAAAUAUUGGCAAACUUAUAAGUGUAUCAAAUGAAGAAAAAGAUAAUAUUAUAUCUUUUAUGACAGUUAUUAAUAUUAAUCAGUAUGAUGAAAUAAAAAAUUUGAAAGAAUUCCUUAUAAACAAAAUUAAAAAAAUUGACAAUAAUAAUAAUAAUAAUAGUAAUAAUAAUAAUAAUAAUAAUAAUAGUAAUAAUGUUGAUUUAUAUAAUAAUAUACAAGAAUUAAAAAAUAUUUUGUCAAAUAAUGAUAUACAUGUAGGUUUAAUUAUUUCUAAUAGAAUUAUUAAUUGCCCUAUUAAAUUAAUUCCUUUAUUAUAUGAAAAUGUUUAUGAAGAUAUAAUGUGGUCACAACAAAUUCAAGAUAUGGAUCCAGAAGAAAAAAAAUUCUAUUUUUUUGAUUACUUACUUUUUUAUACUAAAGCAUACAAACAAAAUUUAAAUGAUGAUUUAAUUUUUUCUAAUUAUGAAGAACAAUAUUUUUUUAAUAAAUGUAUUCAUUAUGUUAUGUGGAAUAAUAAUAAUAUAAAGAAAUUUUUUGAAAUUCAAAAAGACCAAAAAAAGGAACUCGCGUGUAAAGAGUAUUUGAUUCUUUUUCUUGUUCCUAUGACUAUCGUCAAGGAUGUAAUAACCACAAUAAGUUCAAUUACUAAUUGA